UGAUAGGCCUUUGCAAAAGCAUGGAGGAGGACUUGAGCACAACGAAACAUAUUAUGGUUCCUGUUACGGUGCUGAAGGGUCAGAUGAUGAAGCCUAUCGAAAGAAAGGUUGGGCAUUGUCAAACCUAGAUAUUUUUGACCAGUUAAUUUUGGAGGUGGGAGUUGAGAUUGGGAGCUUCAAAACCAGUUUGGAGACUUCUCUGCGAUCAAAAGCUAGCUAUGUCACUAAUAAGGCUAUUAAAAAGGGUCGAGAUCCAACACCAAGUGAGAUACAUUUGCACAUCCAUACACAUGGUAAUGAUGAAAAUCAUUUGAUGUUGCAGGAGAAGAUAAGAAAAGAAGAGUAUAUGGUCUUGGAUCUCAAGAAAAAUACUACUAUGGGCCGAAUCUUUAUGACUCUUUUGGAUCUGAUGCAACAUCCUCAGCAACACCUUUAAAUGCUCAAUCAGCACCGAUAGGGAAUAUGAAUGAGUUAAUGACACGAUUGAUUCCUGUACUGACUGAUCAUAUAAUUCCUGUAAUCGUUGAGUGGGUAUGCGAAUUAGUUUCUUUAUCCUCGCAACAGCCCAAUAUUGAUCCUACCAAUCACCCAUCUGACGUGGCACCUAUAGUUCCUACCUCUUAUGUUGCUGCUAAUAUUGAUGAGGUUCAUGUAAUGGGUUCUGACGAUGACCAUGACUCUCCAGCCUUGCAUAGUUAGCCUAUUUUCUUUAAACUUUAUUGUAGGUGCUUGUGGAUAUUUUGUACUUAACGAUACAAUUAUAUGUAUUAUGCUAUAUAUUUUGGACCUUAUUGAAUGUUAAUUUAUAUUAAUAUCAGUCACUUUUAA